GAGGACAUGAGGGAAGCGCUGUGACGCGAGGGGGGUCGACAGUGAGGGAGGGGAGAGUGCGGAGAGAGUCGGAAUCCCGACACGGGAGUCGUAGAUAGAUAGCAGGGUGGGGCGUAGCACGUAGGCUAGCUGGCUGGGCAUUCAUUCAAGAGCAAACAGCACACUGUGGAGGUCUUGUGACUCCAAACGCGCCCUUAGAGCGUUUUUAGAAGCUCUAUAGUGACCACAUUCUAACCCUUUCCGCGAACAACAGUUUCUUGGCUUGGGUGGUUGCGCUUGUGCUGAUGACUAAUACGGUACUGACAUCCCUUUGUGGGCGCUAGAGCAUUGUCAGAGUGCAGCAACCGCCACCGUACAGUGUGCUGACUUUGAGUGGGCGCCUCCGAGCGCCUUCCUAAUGGGCCCGUUCUAUUGCUCUGUCUGCCUGGGCACCGCCUAGGAAAGUCGCCCCGAGAAUUGAGCAUCUUUGUACGGUAGCGAUCGCGUCGGUCGCCAAAGACGGGUCCUGUUUUGCUCAAAGCGCUAUAGUGCUCGCAUACUAUUAGCCCAGCCUGGCGAUUCGUCGUUGCAUCUGGGUCACAUCACGUGCAUGGUCCGAAUUGCGUCGUCGCGCCAUAAGCUAUAAGCGCCGUCAUAGUGUAGUGAUGACACAGGCGUCCUGGCCAUGUGGCCUGUGAGCUUUUCGGGCCCUACGUCCGCACUCGUUAUGCCUGCUGGCGUCGUGCUUCCCGUCGUUGCCCGCAAUGCGGGUGCGGAAGGCGUCGUCGCCUUGCCGGCGUUCUCGGCGGUGCCUGCCCAGCCGGUUCCGGUUGUGGCCGCUCAUGAGCCCUCUGCCCCCGCUCGAGGAGAUCCGGUUCUGCCGCCCGAGAGAGGACAGCGCUUUUGACGAGCUGCCUGAGCUGGGUAUCCCCUGUCGCUCUGCCGAGGUCAGCCUCUACCGACGGGGAUUCCCGCAGCGCGCAGCGGAGGAUGGCUAAGAGGAGCGUUCGGCUGUUCCUCUUACGCCUGGGAAGUAUGACGUCCUCGUGCGGUUGCUGCACCGUCAUGCGCUGCGUCUCGGGGGCCUGGCCCGGCUCCUUGUGCUGCAGGGUCGCGCUUGCUUCAUGUUCAUGUGGAACACUGCGGGUCGAGGGGGCGGCUGCUGGCACCUGCGGGCCAACGACUUCCGUGCCCUGCCGACCCAGCCGGCCGCGAGUACCGCGGGUUUCCGCUGCCAGUCUUGCCGCCCACCACCUCCUAUACCGUUGAUCAUGCGCUCGUCGUGGCCCAGCUCAACACUAAGACGUACCGGGGCAAACGUGCUCCCGCCCGCAAGCUGCUCCCUCACACCGAUCCUGAGCUGUGCCUUGUGCGGGCGCUGGCCGAGUACUUGGCGUGCUGCGUUGAGAAUUGCUAGCCCAUCAACGGUUGGCUGCUCAGUGUGUUGGAGCCGGGUGGCGGACGUGCCCGCGACGAUGACGGGGAGGGCAAGGUGUUUAUGGGCAGCGAUGAGGUGACGAAGCGGCUUCGGAACUACCUGUGCGACUGGGGCCUGUACCACAAGGAGGCCAGCCACAACUUCCGUCGCGGCAUGCUACAGUACGCUGCGGCCUGGACCGCACCCGCCACUUCUCCUCCCCUGCUGGUGCUGCCGCUCCGGCUGCUGGUCCGGUGGUCCUGGGCCCGGGCGGCGACGCGUUGGCGUAGAGUGGCCGGGGGGGCAGUUGCGGGGUUGCGAGAGUGGGCGGUGGCCUCGUGUGCGCGUGGGGUAUCCGCUGUCCUUCGCUGGCAUGCAGGAACGUCUCCGGGUGGCUGUGUGGGUUGCGCUGUUUUUGCUGGGUUCAGUUGGCAGUGCGGGCCUGGUGGCGGUCACCCCUGCCGGGCUGCUGCGUGACGCUGGCUGCUGGGGUUGUGUUGUCGACCAGUCCCUGCUGCGCUGGGCUGCGUUGUUAAGCGGGUUUGCUUGACUGCGUUGCCAUUUGGGCACGGUAAGGGGGUGUUGCGGCCGGCGGGCUCGCUGUCGCUUCAGGGGUGGGCCGGGCGGGGGAAAAUCUUUGGCUGGCGCAGUGAGCGACAACGUAGUGGGAUGCGAAAUGGUGCCUGUGUUGUCACUUAAGCAUAGCGGACAGUAGCGCACUGCGAGCGUUGCGUUACAAGUCGUAGAGUAACAUUCAUUCAGGCGUGUACGACUGUUUGGAUCCUUGCGGUUGGACGAGCAGUCGAUUAAUUCUCAUUGUCAGAGUGCAGCAACCGCCACCGUACAGUGUGCUGACUUUGAGUGGGCGCCUCCGAGCGCCUUCCUAAUGGGCCCGUUCUAUUGCUCUGUC